UCAUCAGAUUUUGUUAGUCGGUCGUUGUGGUUGGUCGUGUUAUCGCUUUUCUUUCUGCGGGCCUGUCAAAUAAAAAUAAAAGAUUUAUUUUAUUUCAUAGAAACCUCUUUUAAGUUUCUAUAUAACUGAAGUUUUCCAUAUUUUUAAGCUCCAUAAACUUAUUUAAAAAGCGUUUAGAUAAUACCAAACGUCGGAUUAGAAUAUAAAUAUUAAUUUUACAAAAAUAACUCCCAUGUGUCAACAAAAGAAAAAAUAAAAAUUCAAGAGGGCGCUGUGUACCUACAAUCAAAGAAAAAGUGAAAAUUUCCUCAAUAUUUCCAUUAUAUCUUCCUCUCAAAAUUUGUAUCUCUGUGUUGUUAUACAUCCCCGAAAAAGGUAACAAAAACAGUGAAUGACCAGCACCAGGAGAAAACCCGAACAAAAAAAAAAUAAAUAUAAAUAAAAAUAAACAAACAGAGCGAAAAAGGUUUUAGAAGGAACGACGUUCUUUCCUGGAUUUUUAUUUUAUUUCAACCCAACGAACAUGGUUCAAGUGCAAAUUGUUUUAAGUGGUGAAUUUAAAUGAAUUUUGGUGAAUAGAAAUAAAAUUGAAUAAACAAAAACAAAUUUAUACCUAACGAACGCACGCUUUUUCUAUUUGUGGUUCAGUCUUGAGUUUCGUGCGGGACAGUUUCGUGUUUUGGUUUUUGUUUUUCUUUUUAUUAAACGGCAAUAAAAAAUUUGACAAAUAGAGUAUAGGCAAUAAUCUUGGUUGUUUUUGGUAAAAUUGUACUGUGGUGAAUAUAAACAAACAAAACAAAAAUGCCUGAAACGGAGUACGAUUUUGUUUCAAAGGAAUGGCUACAAACCGAGCUGCGCUCGGAUGUCAAAGAUUUGAUCCUAUUAGACUGUCGUAGUUCAAAUGAAUUCAGUGAAUCACACAUUAGAUCUGCUGUAAAUUUUUCUAUACCCAGCAUUAUGAUGCGUCGUUUGGCGGCCGGAAAAAUUGAUUUAUUAUCAACAAUUAAGUCACCGGACUUGAAGGAACGCAUUCAAAAUGGAUACAAAAUUAGUUUAUUCAUUUUGUACAAUGACAGUAACUUGUUGACUGGAGGUAAUGGCAGUGGUGUGGUAUCAUCAUCAACAUCAUCGUCGUCACCUGAAAGCGGGGGUGGCAAUGGAAGCAGCAACAACGGAAGCAGUGGAGUUGCAAUGGACAUUGGUACUUGCGGUGGUGGUGGUGGCAGUGGUGCUGCAGCAGCAACAGCAAGCAAUGGUAGUGAUGCGACAAUCAACGUGUUGCAUCGUCGAUUAAAACAAGAUGGAUGUCGUGUGGUUACUUUGCAAGAUGGAUUUUCAAGUUUCCGGGAUGCAUUUCCGGAAUGGUGUGAGGAUGAUAGCAACCAGAAUCAGGAAAUGGAAUCUAGUCGUGGUACACAAGCUGAUCAACUAAUGGGUUUAAGAUCAUUGAGGAUAUCAACACCUCAUUCAGAUUCAGCUUGUAGUAGUUCAGCUGAGUCGUCAGAUUGUGAGAGUACAACACAUCAUAAUUUCAAUGAAGCACCAGUGGAAAUAGUGCCGGGACUGUUUUUGGGCAAUGCAUCACAUAGUGGUGAUUCGAGGGCAUUACAAAAAUAUAAUAUUAAGUAUGUUUUGAAUGUAACACCUGAUCUUCCAAAUGUAUUUGAGGCUUCCGGAGGUAUACAGUAUUUACAAAUUCCAAUAACGGAUCAUUAUUCACAAGAUUUGGCUAUGCAUUUUCCAGCAGCUAUACAAUUUAUUGAGGAAGCCCGCUCUAAAAAUGCCGCCGUGCUGGUUCACUGCCUGGCUGGUGUUUCACGCUCUGUCACCGUAACACUCGCCUAUUUAAUGCAUACGCGUGCCCUUUGCCUAAAUGAAGCCUUUACUUUAGUACGCGAUCGCAAACCUGAUGUUUCACCAAAUUUCCAUUUCAUGGAACAACUUCAUUCAUUCGAACGUGAAUUACGUUUAAGUCCCAACGAAACUCUAAUGGACGCAACAAGCACCAGUUGUGACCGAUAUCCGCGCGGUGGUAAUAAGUUUACCUGCAAUUGCAUUGCAAGCGAUUGCAAAUGCAUGCAAACAAGUGGUUUCAUUGCGAAUGUCAAAGCAACCGGAGUCUCACCAGACUCCGGUAUUGAAUUCGACCGAUGGACACCGUCCUCUGAUACAGGACUUAAAUGAGAUCAACUUGUAGGAAAGAGUUUUGUUCUGCCACCUACUGCUGGUAGUGAAGAACCGGUGGCACAAGCCGCCGAUAAUAUGUCGCCCGCGUCAACGACAUCAUCGUCAACAACAACUACCGCCGAAGCGGUUUCAGUUGUUGAAAAUGUUGCCACUGGAUCGCCACCAUUACGAUCACCAGCAGCAGUGACAGCUAUAACGAUGCGUCACACAAAUUUCACAUCAUCAAUUGUGACAUCCAAUUCGUCAACAAUGUCAAAUCUUGACGAACAGGAACAAGCACCUGAACUGGACGAAGAUGGCGAGCAGAAGGAGCAGUAAACAAAACUUUUUCCUACUCGAUUGGUUGUUGUUGGCUUGGCUAAUAAUAAAAAUAUUUAAACAAACAAAAAAAA